AUGCCUAUCUUCCACCGUGAUUCUACUGCUAGCUCCUCCUCUGGGCGGAGCAUUGAUGAUCCAAAUCAAACAAAGACUCACUCAGGACUGUUCGGGAGUCGAUCAUCUCAUUCUACUCAUUCUUCUUUUUCUUCCGGGUCUGGUUCUUCUUUAAACAGCUCUCGCCGCCGUGGUCUUCUUCACAGGACAGCCGAGGAUCCGUCUAUUCUGGCUGCGCGGGAGCAGGUAAUGCGUGCAGAAACGGCCGAAAGAGAAGCCGACAAGGCACUCAUUGCCUCCCGGAAGGCCGUGAAAGAGGCAAGGGACCAUGUUAAGCAUCUUGAGCGAGAAGCGGCUGAGGAGUCAGUAUCAUCCUGCGAAUGGAGGGCCCGCUUAGCGAGAAUCAAACAGGACCAAGCUAAGUCUAUCUCAAAGAGAGCGAAGCCGCUCGGACGUAAGUUUGUUACCUUUUCGUUUCUCUUUUAG